AUGGGAAAACCCGGAAAGGCUAAGAACGCAGCUCCCCCUACGCGAGGAAGGGGACGAGGACGUGGUGGAUCCAGCCGCGGCGGACGAGGACGAGGCGCGCCGAGAGGUGGAGGACGUAUGACGAGGAGCUCCGCCCGUGACGACCCCGUGCCGGUCAUCGUUGAUGAGGAUGAGAGCGAUACUACGGAGGAUGAGGACUCGUCCGAGGAGGAGGAGUCGGGCUCCGGUUCCGGCUCUGGUUCCGAGGAGGGUGAGGAGCAGGAGCAGGAGGUCCGAGUCGCCGUCCCGGUGGCGAUGUGGGACUUUGACCACUGCGACCCCCGGCGAUGCAGUGGCAAGAAGCUCGCCAGGCAUGGUCUCUGCACGGCGAUGAGGGUGGGACAGCGUUUCCGCGGUGUAGUCUUGACCCCCAAGGGCAAGAAGCCAAUCGCGCCAUGCGACGAUGAGGUGGUCAUGAUGUCUGGUCUCGCUGUUGUUGAGGCGUCCUGGGCUCGUCUGGACGAGAUUCCGUGGGGCCGCAUCAAGGGCCCUCACGAGCGAUUGCGUAAGUUCACUUUCGCUCGUAGAGAACUGACUUCAGUGCCUUUCCUCAUUGCGACCAACCCGGUCAACUACGGCAAGCCGUGGCGACUGAACUGUGUCGAGGCGCUGGCCGCCGGCUUCUACAUCACAGAACUAACAUCCAGGCUCUCAAAAUUCUCGUGGGGACAUGCGUUCUACAAGAUGAACGGCCGCUUCAUCGAGCGCUACCGCACGUGCAACACGCACGAGGAGGUGCAGGCCAUGGCGGAGCAGAUCCAGGACGACCUCCAGGCCGAGUAUGACAAGGACAAGGCCGAAAAGGCGGCUUACGACGACGGAGACCUCCUCCGUGCCAACCCGAAUCACGCGGGCUGGGACGAGGAGGACGACACAGACGACUCGGAGGAGGCAGAGGGCAGUGACGCCGAGCGCGACGACGUCGAGGAGCUCGUUGCCGGUGUCGAGGGUACCAAGAUCUAG